GCAGCAUCAGCAGCAGCCUGGCCUUAGCUCCAAGUGGAUGCAGCUGAGCACCAGAGGCGGGCUGGGGGGAGGGGGGAGAGGAAGGAAAGGAGAGAGAGAGGGAGGGAGGGAGCGAGCGAGCGAACGAGCGAGGGAGGAAAGGAAGGCGCUUGCUCCAGGCACUUGGGCUCUCGUAGCUUGUUCCGAAGAGGCAGAGAAAAGAGAGAUAACAAAGGCUCCAUUUCCUCUCCGGGAGGGAGAGUCGGCUUUGGUCUCUCUCCCUCCCUCCCUCUCCACCCCCUGCAAAGAUGUCAGUGUCGGGCAAGAAAGAGUUUGACGUGAAGCAGAUCCUGCGGCUCCGCUGGAGGUGGUUCAGUCACCCUUCGCCAGGCGCCCCCGGGCCCGGAGGCUGCCUGCAGCAGGAAGGAUAUGAGCACAGAGGGACCUCGGGGCAGAGCCGGCUGAAGAGCCACUCGCGGGACAGGGGCAACGGGCUGAAGAAAAGCAGCGCCAACAGUCCUGGCCACCAGAACAUCCUGGCCCCGGUGCCAGGACCAACCCCUGCCCAUCAGAGAGCCAUUCAAACGUGGCAUCAGCAGAACCUAAUCGAACAUUUCCGAGCCAAUGAGGACAUUCCGAAAGCAAGCCCGGAGGAGAAUCUGGUCAAAGAAGGGUCAGAGGAAAACCCCCCGGAUUUGCAGAUGAUUACUGACGAGAACGCCGAGGACUCUUCGGAGAGUUUGCCUGUGAAUAACUAUUCAGCCUUAGAAAUGAGUGCUGGUAGAUCUGAGGAAUAUUUCCAUUCCACCAAUCAUGCAGAGCAGACUAUCCGCAAAAUGGAAAACUACCUCCAGCAUAAACAACUUUGUGAUGUGUUCCUUAUUGCUGGACAACACAAGAUUCCAGCCCACAGGCUUGUGCUGAGUGCUGCAUCAGACUAUUUUGCUGCAAUGUUUACUAAUGAUGUGCUGGAAGCCAAACAAGAGGAGAUCAAGAUGGAGGGAAUAGACCCAGAUGCGCUCAAAGCUUUGGUGCGCUAUGCUUACACAGGUGUGUUAGAAUUGAAGGAAGACACCAUAGAAAAUCUACUGUCUGCAGCCUGUCUCCUCCAACUUUCUCAAGUCAUUGAAGUAUGCUGCAAUUUCCUUAUCAAGCAGCUCCAUCCCUCUAACUGCUUGGGAAUCCGUUCAUUUGGUGAUGCACAGGGAUGUCUGAAUCUCCUGAAGGUGGCACACAACUAUACGAUGGAACACUUUGUAGAGGUGACAAACAACCAGGAAUUUCUCCUACUUCCAGCGAAUGAAAUUGCAAAACUCCUGUCUAGUGAUGACAUUAAUGUACCAGAUGAAGAAGCUAUAUUUCAAGCUUUAAUGAUAUGGGUACAGCAUGAUUUUCAGAACAGACAAGAAGACCUGGGAAUGCUUCUAUCUUUAAUUAGGCUGCCAUUACUUCCACCACAGCUGCUGGCCGACCUUGAGAACAAUUCUAUGUUCGUGCAAAACCUGGAAUGUCAAAAGCUCCUGAUGGAAGCUAUGAAGUAUCAUCUCUUGCCAGAGAGAAGGUCCAUGAUGCAGAGUCCUCGCACCAAGCCACGGAAAUCUACAGUCGGGGCCCUAUAUGCAGUGGGAGGCAUGGAUGCAACCAAAGGCACCACCACCAUUGAAAAAUAUGAUCUUCGUACAAAUAGUUGGAUACAGGUUGCGACCAUGAAUGGCCGCCGGCUUCAGUUUGGAGUAGCGGUCAUUGACAACAAGCUCUACAUUGUGGGUGGAAGAGAUGGUCUAAAAACUUCUAACACUGUGGAAUGUUUUAAUCCGGUGUCCAAAAUCUGGUCCAUCAUGCCUCCUAUGUCAACUCAUAGACAUGGUUUGGGGGUGGCCAUGCUUGAAGGACCCAUGUAUGCUGUUGGUGGCCAUGAUGGAUGGAGUUAUCUUAACACUGUAGAAAGAUGGGACCCUCAGGCACGGCAGUGGAAUUACGUUGCUAGCAUGUCCACUCCUCGGAGCACAGUAGGAGUCGCAGCAUUGAACAGCAAAUUAUAUGCUGUGGGUGGACGAGACGGAAGCUCAUGUUUAAAGUCUAUGGAGUGUUUUGAUCCUCACACCAACAAAUGGAGUAUAUGUGCCUCGAUGUCCAAAAGGCGUGGCGGUGUAGGAGUUGCAACAUACAAUGGAUUGUUAUAUGCUGUUGGAGGACAUGAUGCCCCUGCAUCCAACCACUGCUCCAGGCUCUCUGACUGUGUGGAAAGGUAUGACCCCAAAACAGAUGCAUGGACAACAGUAGCACCUUUAAGUGUCCCUCGUGAUGCCGUUGGUGUCUGCCCUCUUGGAGAUCGCUUGUAUGCAGUGGGAGGAUAUGAUGGACAUUCGUAUUUGAACACAGUCGAGUCAUAUGAUGCACAGAAUAAUGAAUGGACAGAGGAAGUUCCUGUUAAUAUCGGAAGAGCGGGAGCUUGCGUGGUGGUUGUGAAACUGCCCUAAGGAGAUCCAGAAAACAGAAAAGCGAACCAAACAGAAUAGGAGGAGAUGGGGAAGAAACUGAACACAUUUGAAGUAGCAGCUGGGCUUAUUUGGACCUAGCUACUAAAUGGCCAAUUCUAUCAAACUCGGUAUACAAUGUAAAGCUAAAUUUAGGGUUUCUUUAUUUUCCAUGCAGUAAUUACACAUGACAGCCAUCUAAAGGCGUUGUCACAGUUGAUUCAUAUAAAACACCAUCCAACAAACUAUGUUUUAUUCUUCUAAAUUAAAAAUGCUCAGUGUUUAACAAAACUUGGUAAUAGCCAAAACUGGACGUUAUGACUUAAAACAAAAUUGAGGAAGGAGUCUCAGGACCUGCUUUCAAAUCCUGGAAUUGCCUCUUACUAUCUAUAUCGCCUUGGGCAAGUAACUUAAUCUCUCUGGCCCUCAGUUUACUUAAAUUUAAAAUAAAGAGGUUGGACUCCAUGACUAUAAAAUCCCAUCCAGGUCUGAAUCUGUGACCCUGUGGCUCCAUUGAUGGUCUCUAAGAUCUCACCCAUUUUAGUAUCCUUCCUUCAGUCAUACCUACAAGAGGGUUUAAGAUGUUUUCCAAAUCCCCACAGCUUUCCAUUUUAAAAGACUUUCAGAACUGGCAAAUGCUGUGGAAUUGUCCCUUGCUAAAAAAUAAAUGAAAAAAAAAACCACAAUGGUUCUCUGAGUAUCUAAAAAUAUUAUGAUAGAACAUCAGAGUGAACAUCUGAACCUCUAAAGUAAGAACUUUAAAAUCCCGUCUAAAUUUCAGCAAGGCAUUCUUUUCUUAUUCUAGUGAUGUCUCCAAGAAAUACUAAAAUUAGUUUGUUGACCCAAAUUGCUGUUGUGCUGAUCACAGUAUGUUACCUUCUUCAUGAAAAUAGAGUUUUUCACUCACCAUCUGUUAGGACAUUCUCAUAAAUUGGACUUUGCUCAUAUUCAUUUAUGGGUGAGAUCUGGCAUUACAAAGUGGUUAGGGUCCUUUCCUAAACACAACUCACACAUUGGAAAAAAAUCCAGCAUUUAUCACAUUGAUACAAAGUGUGGCUUCAGCUUCAAAGCACCAUCUGCCACCAACAGACAGUGAAUAAUGGGCUCCUCAGACAUGCCUGGGAACUCAGUGAUAAUCAACCAUUAACUGAGUGUGUUUACUAAAAUCAGUAAAGGAAUAAAACUGAAAAGAUCCAAAUUCAAGAUCGAGAUAGGCUUCAUAGAAGGUUGGUGAUCACUUGGAAACAGCACAGAGUUCAAUGUGCAUGAUUGUUCCUACAGCUUUCUUUCACAUGUUAAGUUACAUGAAGUUGUUUUUCGUUGUUGUUCUUGCUAAUUUCUGUCUUGUAAGGUUCCAAUAGGAAAUGUUUAGAAUGUACGUCUAGUUGAACAUAAAAGUGUAGUUGGGUAGUGACUAUUUUCGCUUUAAAAUCUAACUUUCAUUUAGCUAUGAAUUGAUUCAUGAGAGACCAUUGAAAAAGUCUCUUUCUGACAGCUUUUCAGAUAGUAAAACUAGAUUUCAUUUUUCACAUUGUGGAUACACGUUGCUUUCGAUAGACUUUUUACUGUUGGUUGUGAAAAAACUUUGAAGAAUCUCCACAGAAUGAUAUAGAGAAUGUACUCAUUAUUGUUGCAAUGAAAUCGGCACAAUAUGCUAUUUGUAGUUUGGUAUGUGGAGUUCAAAUAAAUUUGGCUUUCUCUGAAA